CGCUGGUCACCGGGGAGCGGCGCGCCGGGUCCCGCGGAGCCGCGGCCGGGGGCUGUCCCUGCCCACGCCGAGCCUGCAGCUGCGGGUUUAUCAUUAACUUGCCGCAGGCAGGAGGAGAGCGGCAGCGGCAGCCCCUGCAGAGUGUCACAACGAGAUGGCCAGUGCUCCUGGGGCAGAGCCCGAUGCCGAGGGCGCAGCAGACACUGAAGAAGCCAUCUACGAGGAGGUGAUGCCCUGCGACAGGAUGGAGCUGAGCCAGCGGCUGGCCGUGGAUGAGCUCAUCACCACCGAGGCCAGCUACGUCCACAACAUCCAGCUCUGUGUGUCGGACAUCCGGGCACACCUGCAGAAGAAGCAGCUGCCUGACCUUGACCUGGAGGGCCUCUUCUCUAACACUGACGACAUCCUCCAUGUCUCCAGACGGUUCCUGAAGGGUCUUGAGGCCACAGCCACCCAAGGGCAUGACCAGCUGCUUUGCAUCAGUGCCCUGUUUCAGGAGUUCAAGGAGGAGAUGGAAACCAUCUACAAGAUCUACUGUGCCAGCUACGACCAUGCCCUCCUGCUCGUGGAGAGCUACUGCAAGGACCCCAGGCUGCAGGCGGAGAUCUUGGACACCCUGAAGGCAACAGUGCCUCACACCGGUGUGUCAGACCUCAGCUUCUUCCUGGUGAUGCCAGUGCAGAGGAUCACCAAGUACCCACUGCUGCUGGGGAAGAUCCUGGAGAACACCCCCAGCAGUGCCAGCGCCCGCCCGGCCCUGCAAGCUGCCGUCCAUGCCAUGACUCAGCUCAAUGCCAACAUCAACGAGUACAAACGGCGCAGAGAAGUAGCCACCAAAUACACCAAGGCCGAGCACCUGACGCUGCGGGAUCGCCUUGCACGCCUCAACACGCACUCCAUCGCCAAAAAGACCACACGGCUCAGCCGCCUCUUCAUGCACGAGGCCGGCAUCGUGGCCAAGACAGAGGACAGGGAGUACGAUGACCUGGAGGAGAAGUUCCAGUAUGUGGUGUCCAGCGUGGCUGCGCUGAAGGAGAACGUGGCAUCCUACCUGGGCCAUUUAGAGGCAUUCCUGUUGCCCACCCCACACAAGUGUGAGCUGCAGAUGGAGGAGGGGCCUGCCCAGCAGUACCGCCGCUUCGCACAACACCUCCAUCAUGCUGCUCUCCCUGAGUUUAAGCGACGGCUGGACAGGCUGGUUUGGCAGCCCCUCUGCAGCCUCUCAGACAUGCUGGUGGGGCCACAGCAGCUGGUCAAGAAGCGCCUGGACAAGCUACUGGACUACGAGGAGAUCCAGGAGCGGAAGAGCGAGGUGGGCAGCGUGACAUACGAGGAGGAGGCAGCCAUGAACACGUACCUUGCCAUCAAUGCCUUGCUCGUGGCCGAGAUCCCACGGUUCAACCAGCUGGCGCUGCAGCUCCUGGGGCAGAUCGUGUGCUCCCUCAGUGCCCUGCAGCGGGACUUGGCUGCCCAGGUCCUGCACCAGGCAGAAAAGGAGCUAGAGCAGAUGCCCCAUGGCCGCAUGCCUCUGCCCAGCUUCUGGAAGAUGAUGGAAGACACCUUGCAGCAGUUGGGUGCUCAGCUCCGUACCUUCUGCCAGACGUUUGAGACAGUCACACCGAGCCCUGUGACACUGCCUUUGAACCCUGCUGAGGAGCGGAAGGUCCUUUCCCUUGUGAGCAAGCACGGCCCAGACAAACUUUACCAAGUGACAAGCAACAUCAGUGGCAGCAAAGACUUGGACCUGACCUUGCAAAGGGGACAGAUUGUAGCUCUGCUGCAAAGUGUGGACACUAAAGGGAACACAAGCAGAUGGCUGGUGGAUGCUGGAGGUCCCCGAGGGUUUGUGCCUGCUGGAAAACUCCAGCCCUAUUGCCUGGCACAAAGCCAGCAGCCUGGGAUGCAGAUGCCAGCCCUGGAGAGCAGCGCAGAGAGAAGACGACAUUCGUGUGCAUCACUUCAAGCUCCCAGGCCCCAGGUGGCCACCUUCACCCCAGCUUUCCAGGUGGUCGCCGGCUUCUCCUUUGCAGCCAGGAGUCCUCAGGAGGUGAGCCUCCAGGCAGGGCAGCCCGUGCUGGUGCUGGAGCCACAUGACAAGAAGGGGAGCAAGGAGUGGAGUCUGGUGGAGGUGAACGGCCAGAGGGGCUAUGUGCCCUCCAGCUACCUGCUGACUGUCCCUGCGCAGGAGCCCGUGGGCUGGAGCCUGCCCGUGUGAGCGUGGCCAGCCCGCAUCCGAGGGCACAGGCUUCAUCAGCUGAGCGCAGUCCGCGUGGAGGGAUGCAGGAGAGGGGCAGCCGUGGUGCCCCGGGCCAGGGAGGCGGUGGGCAGCAGCUGGCAGGAUACGGCCCGGGGUGUGUGGGUGCGAGGGAUGGCAGUGGGAGGCAUGUUUUGGCGUGAGGGGGCCAUGUCCCAUAUAUGUUUGCUCAAAGGAAAGGAACAUGAAGGAAUGAGGGUGGGUGGCUGUGGUUUUCCAGGGAUUUGGUGAAAUCCCUGUCAGUGACAAAAGUGUCCCUAGAGUUGAUGUGACAGUUGAUGUACCAAGAUGAUCAGGGGACUGGAACAUCUUCCAUAGAGGAACGGCUGCAAAAACUGGGGCUGUUUAGUCUGGAGGAGACUGAGGGGGGAUCUUACUAAUAUUUACAAAUAUCUAAAUGGUGGGUGUCAGGAGGUUGGGGCAGCACUUUUUUCAAUGGUAUCUAACAACAGGACAAGGGGUAAUGGGAUGAAGCUGGAACACAAACAGUUCCAUUUAAAGUUAAGGAAAAACUAUUUCACUGUUGAGAUGAGGGACCCCUGGCACAGGCUGCCCAGGGAGGGUGUGGAGGCUCCUUCCUUGGAGGUCUUCUAGACCCACCUGGACAUGUUCCUGUGUGAUCUGAUCUAGAUGGACCUGCUUCUGCAGGGGGGUUGGACUGGAUGAUCUCUAAAGGUCCCUUCCAACCCCCACCAUUCUGUGGUUCUGUGACAGCAUUGUCCUCCAUUUCAUCGGGGUGCAGUGCUGCAGAGGAGGCCUUGGGCCUGGCACAGAGCAUCUGAGGCUCUUGGGAACACCGCCUCCUAUCCUGGGAUUCUGUGAAGAGGUUCUCGGGAGAAGCGUUGGUUUGAGCACAGAGAGCAAGGGGAACAGGCCUAGCGCUCUGCUCCUCACCACCUGCCCAGGUGCCCACACUCGUGUGGACGGCCUUGCUGUCCCGCCAAAGGCCAUAGCUGCCAGCCUGCGCCCGGCUGCUCAUCAGCUGUGGAGGGCUGCGAGCCACGGCCGGGUCCACGCGCCCGGCACAGCUCCUGCCUCAGUUGCCCCUGCAGCACGGCGGGGCUGACGGCUGAUGCGUUGCUGGGGCACUUGGUUCUGCGGUGAGAAGCGCGGUGCGCACCGCCGAUGCCGUUCGGUGUGACAAACGCUCACAUUAUAAACGUGGAACCGCUGUCCCCACGCGUCUGCGGGCUCCGCGCUCACACGCGGCCGGCGCGGCCGCAAGAUGGCGGCGGCGGCAAGGGGCUGAGGCGCGGCCGCGGGCUCCGCGUGUCCGCAGCCGGCGAGGGGACAGCGGGGCUGACGUGGGGACAGCAGGGCUGGCGUGGGGACAGCGGGGCUGAUGUGGGCACAGCAGGGCUGGCGUGGGGUGCCGGGCGGGUGUCGGGUGCAGAGCCAGAGUGCCGCCCGGCCGGUGCACGGGGAGCAAGGCUGCCGGGGAUGCCCUUUCCCUCACGGGAUCCACACCGCAUGGUCUCUCUAAGUGGGUUUUGGGAGCAGCAGCCUGCGUCCGUCACACGUCUGACACACGCCACGCUGCUUCCCGCGGCUGCCUGAGGCGGCACAGCCCGUGCCUCAGUUUCCCCGUGGCUUGCUCAGUGCUGCAAUGCCAGGCUGAGGGCAGGGAGCUGUAACAUGGUGUCAGGGGAACUCAGAGCUCCCGGCUGCUGCCCUUGGGGACUGGCACCGUGCUCCCCUGUGCUGCGGAUAGUGGCGCAGAGGCACUGGCUGGUGCGGCUGCCCGGUGUCAGCCCACUGGCCCUGGGCACUGCUGCUCUGGGCAGCUACGGGGUGACAGCCCAGCUGGCGAGCACUGGCCCAACUGGUGGGUGCUGGCCUGACGGCUUGCCAUAUGGCCGGCGGGGCUGUGGCACACACGGGCUGCGUUGGUGCCCGGGUGCGGGUUUCAGUGCUGCCCUGUGGCCGUGGCUGCAGGCUGGGCAGUGGGCAGAGCUGGCAUGUCCUCCCCAGAGCUCACACACUGUAGAGAGGGACAAGUGUGUCCCACUCCUGGGCCCAGCUGCCUGGUUCGAGGUAGAGCUGUCUGUGGGGCUUACCCUCCUUCGUACCUGCAGGACUUUAUCUGUGGGGAGGCUGAGGGCUCACGGCUUCUGCCCAGGGGCUUUUGAAAGUAAAUGCUCACCCACAGGAAACCUGGGAGAGGAUGGUGGAGCCGGAGCUGGGGAUGUUGUCUGGAUGCUGCCAGCCCAGCCUGCAGAAAGCUGAUGGGCUCCUCGGGAUGGGAACACAGGCAGGCUGGGGGGUGAGGGCUGCUGCACGGCGGCUGUGUUUCUGAGGCCCAGCCCUGGCCCCACAGCAGCUGGGCUCAUACCUUCAGCUCGCUGCUGAUGGCUCCUCUGGAUUUUUCCAUUCCUAAUCAAGUCACAUCAGGUUGGAUUUCCCUCCUGAGCCGCCUUCCUGCCAGCUCAGUGGGGCGCCGAUGCAAUCAGCCCCGCACCAGCGCAGGCCACAGCAGGAGUCAGCAGGUCCCGCUUCACAGCCCACGGGUGCCUGGGACCCUUCAGAGGGUGAGAGGUGACAUCAGGACAAGGAGCACUGAGAAGCUGCUGCUGCCUGUACUCUGAUCUGCCCGCUGGAAGGAGACCUGGGCUGGGCAGGACUUCAUAGGCAGCUUAUAAAACUGAUUGGACUUUCUCUAUCCCAUUCAUCAGGACUCUGGAUUUCAUGUGCUCUCAAACCACAGCUCCCUUUUCCCUCUCCCUUGUUGGUCAGAAUGAGCUCUUACAAGAAUCCAGACUGUUGUGAGGUGUCCUAGACCCCUGAUACCUCCCCUGGACAUUCUGCUCAUCAAAUGUCCACCUGCCAGCAUUUGCCAAGGCUGACAGGCGUGAAGGGCAAGGUGGAAACAGCCCAUGCACAUCCCACCGGGAGACAAACGAGUGAGGCACACAGCAGAGCUGUGCAGGAGCAGGCAGCAUGCUGCAGACACGAUGCUGGUGUUGGGCACCAUCUGCCCUCCUACCUGCCAGUCUGUCAGGUUGUGUCUGUGAGCAUCAAGAGGCUCCUUUGUACGGUGCUGAGCCAGCCAGCACCAGCACCCUGCCCAGUGGCAGUGGCAUCCUGCCUACCCAGGGGUCCCCAGGCUGCAGCGUGCUGUGAGUGCCCCCCUAGGAAGAAGGAAGUUAGCUUGUGUGGCUGCUUCAGUCUGCAGCCCCAGAGGGAUGAGCUGAGCUCUGCAGUACCCACUGUCCUGCUGCCAGCCUCAGUGUCCUUGGGCCACGGCCUAGGACUUGGCUGCAGGAUACAGGGUGUCAGCGUCCUUCACUCCUGCCAUGAUUUCACCCAAACUCCUUGCAGUUGCUGCUGGCCGGCGCCUGAAAUGCCCCUUGGAGUCACCGGAGGGUACGGGGCAUAAACACGAGAGGGAAGAAAGGGCACAAGUGUGCCUUUAAAUAGCACGGCGAGGACAGGCUCUCCCGGCAGGAAUGCUCUGGCUGGCCCGCUGGAACAUGCUCGUGGCCGAGGGGCACAGGACUGCUCCUCGCCUUGACCUCGCUCAGGUCAAGGUUGGGCAUGGCUGGGCCGGGCACCACUGUGCCCCCCCCGUGGACAUCCAUGCCAAGCCAGGGGCUUGCCGUGCCCAGAGCUGAUCUGGAAUGUGGCAGUGGAGCUGGGCAAACACUGCUGCCUGCAACCUGCUUGCUGACCUGCAAGGGGCUUGGCACUGGCACAGCCUGACAGCCAGAGAAGCCUGCCAGGUUGUCCAGGAGCGGCUGCUGCACUCCUGUCUGGGCUGAUUCAUGCCCUGGAUGUGCAGGCAUUUGGACAGCAUCCACCUGUGGGCUAUGACAGCACAUGGCUGUGUCCCCAGGGUUCAGGGUACCAGUGGAGAGUGGGAGGGUGGCAGUUCAGGCUCCGCUCUCCCCUGGUUUCUGAGGCCUGCUGGUCCCUGGAGACACAGCGGUGGCUGUGGGCAGGGUGAGGAGAUGCCUGGAUGGCAGGGGAGAUGGCUGUGUGCCGAUGUACCCAUGGGCUCUGCUGGGGCACCCAGCUGGCAGUGAGGCACAAGAGGAAAGAAACUGCCAGAGAAGCCCCAGACCCAUCCCCUGCCUGCAGCAUGCCAGAAGGGAGAGAUGGGCAGAGGGCUGCAGUGGGCAGGAGAGGAGGGCAGCAGCAGGAGCAGCGCUGGAGGGCACGGCCAGGCCGAGCAGAGCUGUGCCUGCAGGAGUGGUGCUGGAGCUCACCAGCGCUGCCAGGCUGAGCUGGCUGUGGACAGAGCCAGCCUGUGCCCGCACAGCUCCAGGUGCCUGCCCUGUCUGCGAGCAGUGGCCCACGAGAAGCAGCCCCGGCCCCGACAGCCCACGCUGGCCCCGCUUCCCGAGCGGCAGCCACCAGUGCUGCGGGAGGGCUGAGCCCCACAGAGAGCAGCCCCGGGCUGCCAGACAGCAGUGUGAGCUGCAGUGCUGGCUCCAGACAUACGCAGAUGGCACCUGGAUUGUCUAAUAAAGUGUGAAAUGGUUUUCA